CGCCCAUCCAGCUCGCCCCGUUUUGCACUUGCGCAAAGUGCGGGCCAGGAAGUGGGGGUCUUCGCCUGGGUGCUUGGGCAUCCCAGUGCCAGCGGGAACCUGGCCUGGCGGUGUGAGCCGGGGACCGGACCCUCCCGGAAGGAUGGAGAAAAGAGCGAGCUGCCUCAGUGUAAGCAUGGAGUGGACAGAGUUGGAUUUCAUCAAGAUUAGUGGCUUUGCAAGAUGUUGAUUCAUGGUGAUGGCUUGCAGGGUCAUAAACAAAAGAAGGCAUGUGGGACUUCAACAACUUUCAUCAUUUGCAGAAACUGGAAGGACUUUCCUCGGCCCAGUAAAAUCAUCCAAAUUUGUAAUCGAUGAAGAGUGUCAUGAAAGUGUGUUGAUCAGUUCAACAGGAAGGCUUCUUGAAAGUCUGGAUUUAACCAGUGCUGUGGGACAGCUUCUCAAUGAAGCAGUUCAAGCACAAAAUAACACAUACAGAACUGGAACCAGUACACUUUUGUGUCUUGUUGGUGCGUGGAGCAGUGCUGCGGAAGAAUGUCUUCAUUUGGGUGUCCCUAUUUCAUUAAUAGUGUCUGUAAUGUCAGAAGGCUUAAAUUCAUGCAUUGAAGAGAUAGUUUCCCUGCAAGUACCAAUCCAGAAUGUAUUUGACUGUAUCGACAACACAAAGACAUUUUCUGGACUUGAAACACUUAAUGUCAGUUUGUACCCUUUUCUACAAAUCCCUUCAGAUACUGGUUUAAUGCAGAAAAAGCACGAUCUCAAAGAUGUUGCCUCACAGUCAUUGGUCAUAUACAGUCUUCCUGGGAGACCAGUUAAAUCACCUAAACUCUUUGGGCCUCAGGCUAAGGUUGAAGCAGAUAAAAACACAUCACAGACUCCUCAAACUCUGGGAAACAGUCUUCUUGCAGACACCCACUGCAGAAGGUCAGUACUAACCCACAGUAGGCAUUUUAGCAGAGCAGAUAAUAACCAACGGAUAAGCAAACCGGAUGGAUUUCUAGAGCAACAUAGUGCAGCCACACUCAAGACUUACAGAUGUAAUGACUUGUUAGAGUUGGAGGUGGGUUUGAGUCAUGGAGAUGACAGCAGCAUGAAAUUAGUAGAUGAAGCAGUGCGGCUGCAGUAUCAGAACGCAGGUGUGCAACAGGGCGGCCGUGCAGUGCCGUUUCUGUUUGACAUAUCAGGAAUCUUCACUUGCUGCCUACCAGGUUUACCGGAAACUUUGUCUUGUGUCUGUCCAGGAUAUGUCACUGUUGUGUCAAUAUCUAGGACUGCUCUGAUCGAGGAAUUGCAGAAGCAGCCUAUCCGGGUAGUUCUCGUUGAGGGUGACCUCACAGAGAAUUAUCGCCACCUGGGAUUUAACAAGCCUGCAAAUAUUAAAACAGUAUCAGAAAGCAUGAAGGUUGAACCAGACAGCUCAGAAGAACUGUGGACAAAUCAUGUGUUACAGGUAUUAAUCAAGUUCAAUGUGAACCUCGUUCUGUCACAAGGAAAUGUAUCUGAAUGCCUGAUUGAAAAAUGCACACACAGUAAGCGGUUGGUCGUUGGGUCAGUGAAUGGCAGUGUGAUGCAAGCUUUUGCAGAGGCUUCAGGAGCGGUACAGGUGGCCUACAUCACACAAGUGAAUGAAAACUGUGUGGGCAGUGGGGUCUGUGUGACCUUCUGGAGAAGCAUUCCCUUCGAUGCUGUAGAUGGGACCAGCAGAAUGGCAAUCUUGUUAAAGACAGAAGGAAUGAACUUGGUUACAGUAGUGCUCACUAGCCCAGUCACUGCCCAGAUGCAGACCAAAGAAGACAGGUUCUGGGCUUGUGCCUAUCGUCUGCAUUAUGCUCUAAAAGAGCAAAAGGUCCUCCUUGGAGGUGGCGCAGUUGAAUUUUUGUGCCUUAGCCAUCUUCAAAUUCUCGCGGAGCAAUCUCUGCAUAAAGGAAACCAAGACUCUUCAGGAUGGUUUCAUAAUACUUCCUCUUGGCUGGCCUCAUCCCUGGCGCUAUACAGACCGACUGUGCUUAAAUGCCUGGCCGAAGGAUGGCACAGAUACCUUUCAACUCUCCUGUGUAACACUGCCAGUUACUCAUCAGAAUUUGAAGCCAACACAUUCAUUCAGCAUCAUCUACAAAAUGCUGCAGACUCUGGCUCUCCUUCAUCUUACAUCUUGAAUGAAUAUAGUAAACAAAAGAGUGGAAUUUUUAAUUCAGGCAUUUCAAAUAAACUGGAACAGAUUCCAAGCGUUUAUGACAUUGUUACACCAAAGAUUGAGGCAUGGCGCCGAGCUUUGGAUUUAGUAUUGUUAGUACUUCAGACAGACAGUGAAAUUAUUACUGGACUUGGACGCACACAGAUAAAAUCACAAGACUCAGAGGGCUUUUUAUUUUUAUAGUAUUAUUGGCUAAGUGUUUGGAAAAUAAUCUUUGGUAAUAUAACAUGCUAAUAAUAAACUUUCUAGUAGCCAAGUUAUAGUGCCUAAAAUGCCAGCUAUUUGCAGGAAGAAAAUAUUUGAUGUCUGUCAAUAACUGUGUAGGGUCUAAAAUUCCACUCUAUUUAUAACAUAACAAGUUAGCCUGUUACUGUUGCAUAGAAUGCUACAGAAUACAUGAGAUACUUGGAUCAGAGACAAAGGACUUUUAUUAUUCACAGCAAAAGCAGUAGCCAGAGCUUCGUAUUGGUUUGUGUCAAUUUCCACAUUUCUCUGAGUCCCACAAGAGCAACACAAAGGGCCAGUGAUGGAAGCCUGUACAUGCCGUGUGUUGUGUUACAGAAGUGGGACACUGAGCCUGGGACAGCCUCUGCUUGUAUAUAAUAAGCAGAAACAAUCCUGUUCUUUGUCCAAGGGUAAUUGUUACCUCAUGCCUCCGGGUUGCUCAGUGUAAACACAAGCCUGAGACAUGAGCUGGGUAAAGACAAGUCAUGGCGCAUGGAGAGAGUAUGCAGUGUCACACAGCCCACAAUGGACAGCCUCUUCCAACAGUUCACUCCUCAAUCUGACACAUUCUUGGUGAGACUUGAAUUUUCAUGUGAGUAUGCCUCUCUGUUGGCUACUCUAAUUAAUCUGGCAAACAGGUUGCUUGGUCAAUACCAAAGCCACUCAGUUGGUCUCAUAUAGCAAUUAAAUUAAGGCUACUGUCAACAGAUGCUGAGCAGCAAGAUGAAGCCAGUCUGUAGUACUGACCUCUGUCAAGUCCCCCAGGAUCUUGAAUUUAGUCAAUUGUAAAUUCCAAGGAAGGACCAGUAAGUUUUUAUUAGCCAGAAUGUUGUCUAAGACCAAAUUGUUAUCUGUUAUGAACCAUGCAAGGGAGUUUUGGUUAACUUGCUGAUCUUUGGUGUCAUUGCCAACAAUUAUAGGAGGCAACAGAGGGACCAGAAAGCACCUCUCAUCCCUAAUGGAGAGACAUUCGUGGCCCGUUUUCCCCACAGACAAGCACAUAACGUAACAGUCCCACGUCACUGUAUUUCAGCAUUUGUUGUUAAACCUGAUUUGAAUCACCAUUAUACAAAUUUGAUUCAGUCACAUAAGUAGUGUCGCCCAGUAGUUGCAGCUGCAAUUGCCAUGCAUGGGAAAAUCCAAGGCCACUCAUAUUAAGAGAAGUGUCUGAUCAGUCAGAUUGAGACAAGAUUGUUCUGGCACCUGUGUUUGUACGUGUUCAUAUCUGGGAGCUGCCGUUGAUGGCAUCUUACACUGUCUCCAGUACUGAAUAGGAGCCUUAAUAAGGUUUGAGCCUUCUUUGUGGUGGUGGGUGGGCGAGGAGACCACCUUUGUUUGGCUCCCAGAGGGAUUGAGUGCUGUGAAUCUGUCCAUAUGGUCUCAAGGAACUGUACUUGGCACUCAACGUUCUGAAUUUUGUCUGGGUUUAUCAGUCACUCCUUAUGGUAGAGGUAGAUAACACCACAGUCAAGUAGAUAGUGGCCACAGUCAGGACCACCAAAACAGGCUUCUAACUUGUCAGCCACCAGGACACCUCCGUAUCAUCUAUGUAGUGAACAUUUGAGGCAUUGGAGCAUAGAGGCACUCACACUAAAUCCCAGCCUGUCUGUGGAUUAGGAUGGGUUUGGGCAUGGUGGUGGAUGGCAGGAAGUUUGUCUCAUUUUUUCUACUUGUAGCAAUACCCUGAGUGGAAGAAUCUCCUCUGGCACUUUAUGAACAUUUAAGUUUAAGCGUAUAAACACCUUGAUACCAAUUACGUGUUUUCAUAAGAGUAGUACAUUGAAUUGGGCCAAAGGCCCCACCCACAGGGUCCCACUUUGUCUCUCCUGCAGGAUUUUCUCCAGUCCUAUCAGUUGACUUUAGUCACUUUCCCCCUCUGUGGGAACAUGGACCAAGAAGUUUGACACUUUCACAUUAGGGGCUCUAACAGCUGCUGAGAGAUGAUGUCUCCCUGGCCGGUAGCUCAGGAAGGAGCAGAGAGCGAGGGCGGCAGACAAGGAGGCUCUUUUCAUCUUUUUUGGCUCUUCAUUUCAGUGUCGGCGCCAGCUUCCCCCCUGUGCUCUUCCCAGUGUCUGCAGAGCACCCUGGCUCCAGGGAGCUUGCUUUCUGCCCUCCGCGUGCCGCUGCGCCUCCUCAGUGCCCUGCAGUCCUGGGUGCCUUUGGCCACCCUGUGCCCAGGGCCCGCUUCCGCCAUGGGACUGGUAGAAUGGUCACUCGGGCCCCUGUCUCUGACAGAGCUUUAAAAGUUGAGUCACUUCCUCCCCUGAGUGCCCCAUCAGACUUGGCUUUUUCCGCAGCAGCUGAGGUCAGGGUGGAGGGUGAGGGAGGUCUGGGGAAGUGUAGAGGGGGACAGUGGCUCCGUGCCCGUGAGCAGUGCUUUGUGGUCACUUUUGGUUUUGAUUGGCUGCCCGACAUGCGCUCAACAAACUUGUAUUUUCACUGUCCUCAAAGUUUUAUCUCCUCAUUGCUGACAGCAUUUCUUGCAGCUUUGGGGACCCCUGACUUGGCAGCCACAGCCAGUUUCUUCUCAGCCAGUGCCCUGGGGCUACUGCCUUGUUGCCCUGUUCACAUUCCUCCUCCUCCCACCUGAGGUGAGUGAGCAACAACCAAGGCAUCAUUUGGGUGGCUUGUUCUAAUCUCACCUCUCAGGACUUAUUCUCCAGGCGUCAUUUGCAGGUGGGACAGCAGGGGCUCCCAGUCCCCUCCCCCUUCCCCACUACUUGAGUGAAAGCAGUCACUAUCGGAGCCCAGGGAGUCCAAUCUCUUAACCCAGCCACUGGGGCCCUCAUCUUUUCCGGGAGAAUCAUGACUCUCUCAAGUCAGAACUGGCAAUAACUAUGCAGGGUCUGGGGUUUUGCCCUGUUUACAAGCUAACAAAUUAGCCUCUCAAAAUUUCAUGAGAUGCUGACAGAAGGCUCAAGACUCCUGGGCUUUUAUAAAAGUAACCAGAGCUUCAUGUUGGUUUAUGUUGGUUCCCUGGGCUCUCAGGUCCCACAAGAGUGACAUAAAGAGCCCAAGAUGAAUGCCUGCACACACGGUAGUUUGUGUUUCAGAAGAGGAGCACUGAGCUCAGGCAAUUCACAACUUUUCUAGUGAGCACAAGUAAGCCUGUUUGUGUGGAGAGAGAUUACAUCAUUAUUCAAGGUUGCUCACUGCAAACACAGCCUUGAGAAGUGGCCUGGAAAGAGAGAACUCAGCACCCAGCAAGAACAUGCAGGGAUGCUCAGAGCCCAUGGCAGACUGCCUGUCCCAACAAAGUCCCAGUGUUCAAUAAAUUGAGCGUUAUAAGGCCUGAAUUUAUGUGUGUAGUUUUUGAAGUUGAAUAUUAAAGAGCUCAGAGCAAAUAAUAGUAGUAAUUAAAUUACUGAUGACCUACCAUGUUCCUUCUAAAUUCUUUACAUAUUGUAUUAAUUUGCCAGGGUCGCCGCAACAAAGUACCACAUACUGGGCGGCCUAAACAACAGAAAUGUAUUUUCUCACAAUUCUGGAGGCUAGAGGUCUGAGAUCAAGGAGUUGGCAGGGUUGAUUUCUUCUGAGGCCUGUCGCCUUGACUUGUAGAUGGCUGUCUUCUCCCUGUCUUCACAUCUUCCUUCUGUACCUGUCUAUGCCCAAAUUUCCUCUCCUUGUAAGGACUCCAGUCAUACUGGAUUAAAGCCCACUCUAAUGACCUCAUUUUAACUUAGUUACCUCUUUAAAGACCCUAUCUCCAAAUUUAGUCACAUUUUGAGAUGCGGGGAUUUAGGACUUGAGCAUAUGAAUUGGAGGUGGGGGACACAGUGCAGCCCGUACUACAUAUAUAAUCUCAAUCUUUGCAACAUCUGUUUUCUUCAUCUUAUGGAUAAGAACAUGAUCUUAAUAAGGUUAAGAAACUUGCCCAAGUUCUCGCAGAUAGUAGAUAGUAGAGCUUUAAUUUGAACUAAAAUUUUAUCUGCUUCCAAAGUCUAUUUCUAAGCAUUCAUUGUUUUAUGAAUUUUUUUUCAAUAAGGUAACAACAAAACAAGAAAAGAGAAUGCCUGGUUUAUUUACAUGACUCAUUUAAAUGUAUUGGAAAAUGGAAUUUGAUUAGCCUCAUGUUGGGUAAAAAAUACCAUUUUUGGUUUGGCAUUUGUCUUAUAUGUGAUCACAUGAUAACUGCACAGAUGAUCAUUCCAAUUAUACAUACCAUGUUUGUUCAAGUUAGAAUAAUAACAAUGUUGAGUGUUAAACUUUUUAAAAAUAAAGUGUAUUAUUUUA